AUGGAUCGUCAGAAUCAGGAUCUUCAGAGUGCAGUUUCGCGAGAUGAUUUUCAAGCUGUCAAAGGUCUAUUACAACAAGGUACUCACAUAAGCCAACCAGAUCAAAAUGGAAAUACUCCAUUACACAUGGCCGCACAACGUGGCAAGAAAGAAAUCAUGGAGUUUCUCAUUCAACAUGGUAGUGAUGUAGAGAAGGAGAAUGAAGAUGGACAAACACCCUUACAUCUUGUCACAUUGCAUGGAAACCUUGAAGCAACGAAAGUAAUACUCAGCCACGGUGGAAAUGUGGGCAAAGAGGACAACACAGGCUUCUGUCCAUUACUCAACGCCGUAAAGAAUGGUCACAAUGAUGUAGUGCGAUACUUCCUCAGUCAAGGCACCAGUGUGAAUAAGGUCAAUAGUAAAGGAUGGACACCCUUGUAUAUCGCUGCUGGGUUUGGCAAGAUUGACAUGUUGAAAUACUUGAUCAGUGAAGGAGCUGAUGUACAUUGUACACAGGAAAACAAUUUAUUGCCAUUGGAACACGCUUCAUCAUUUGGUCAUGUAGAGGUAGUGAAGUAUCUUGUAAGUAAAGGAGCUGAUGUGAAUACGGUUGAUAAUAAUGGUUACAGUGCAUUGCGUGCUUCUGCUUUCAAUGGUCAUAUUGAGGUCGCAAAAUAUCUGAUUAGUCAGGGAGCGGAGGUGAAUAAGGGAGAUAAUGAGGGCUGGACUCCUUUACAUGUUGCUGCUCAAGAAGGCCAUCUGAAAACAUGUGAAUAUCUGAUCAGUCAAGGAGCUGAGGUGAAUAAAGGAAAGAAUGAUGGUGGGACUGCAUUACACAGUGCUGCUCAGAAGGGUCACCUUGAUGUAACCAGAUAUUUGAUAAAUCAAGGAGCCGAGGUGAAUAGGGUUGAUAGUAAUGGUUACAGUGCAUUGCGUGAAUCUGCUUUCAAUGGUCAUAUUGAGGUCGCAAAAUAUCUGAUUAGUCAGGGAGCUGAGGUGAAUAAGGGAGAUAAUGAGGGCUGGACUCCAUUACAUCUUGCUGCUCAAGAAGGCCAUCUGAAAACAUGUGAAUAUCUGAUCAGUCAAGGAGCUGAGGUGAAUAAAGGAAAGAAUGAUGGUGGGACUGCAUUGCUCAGUGCUGCUUGGAACGGUCACCUUGAUGUAACCAGAUAUUUGAUAAAUCAAGGAGCUGAGGUGAAUAGGGUUGAUAGUAAUGGUUACAGUGCAUUGCAUGGUUCUGCUUUCAAUGGUCAUAUUGAGGUCAUCAAAUAUUUGAUUAGUCAGGGAGCUGAGGUGAAUAAGGGGGAUAAUAAGGGUGCGACUCCUUUAAUUGUUACUGCUCAAGAAGGUCAUCUGAAAACAUGUGAAUAUCUGAUCAGUCAAGGAGCUGAGGUGAAUAAAGGAAGGAAUGAUGGUUGGACUGCAUUACACAGUGCUGCUCAGAAGGGUCACCUUGAUGUAACCAGAUAUUUGAUAAAUCAAGGAGCCGAGGUGAAUAGGGUUGAUAGUAAUGGUCACAGUGCAUUGCGUACUUCUGCUUUCAAUGGUCAUGUUGAGGUCACCAAAUAUCUGAUUAGUCAGGGAGCUGAGGUGAAUAUGGGGGAUAAUAAGGGUGCGACUCCUUUAAUUGUUGCUGCUCAAGAAGGCCAUCUGAAAACAUGUGAAUAUCUGAUCAGUCAAGGAGCUGAGGUGAAUAAAGGAAAGAAUGAUGGUUGGACUGCAUUGCACAGUGCUGCUCAGAAGGGUCACCUUGAUGUAACCAGAUAUUUGAUAAAUCAAGGAGCCGAGGUGAAUAGGGUUGAUAGUAAUGGUUACAGUGCAUUGCAUGAUUCUGCUUUCAAUGGUCAUGUUGAGGUCAUCAAAUAUCUGAUCAGUCAAGGAGCUGAGGUGAAUAAGGGAGAUAAUGAGGGCUGGACUCCUUUACAGGUUGCUGCUCAAGAAGGUCAUCUGGAUACAUGUGAAUAUCUGAUCAGUCAAGGAGCUGAGGUGAAUAAAGAAAUGAAUGAUGGUCGGACUGCAUUACACAGUGCUGCUCAGAAGGGUCACCUUGAUGUAACCAGAUAUUUGAUAAAUCAAGGAGCCGAGGUGAAUAGGGUUGAUAGUAAUGGUUACAGUGCAUUGCAUGGUUCUGCUUUCAAUGGUCAUAUUGAGGUCAUCAAAUAUCUGAUCAGUCAAUAUUUGAUAAAUCAAGGAGCCGAGGUGAAUAAAGGAGGGGAUUAUGGUUUGAACCCUUUGCACUUUGCUGCUCAGAAGGGUCAUCUUGGUACAUGUGAUUAUCUGCUCAGUCAAGGAGCUGAGGUGAAAAAUGGAGAUGAUGAUGGCUGGAAUCUGUUUAAUGCUGCUUCCGACGGUCAUACAUCCAUUGUCAAAUAUCUCAUCAGUCAAGGUGCAGAGGUCAAUGAGGAAGAUUCGAAGGACUGUACCCCGUUACAUUACGCUGCUAAAGCAGCUCAUUUUGUCACCUGCAAUUAUCUGCUCAGCCAAGGAGCUGAGGUAAAAAACGGAGAUAUUUACGGAUGGUGUCUGUUUAGUGCUUCUUCCUGCGGUCAUACAUUCAUCGCUAAAUAUCUGAUCAGUCAAUGUGCUGAGGUUAAUAAGGGAGAUAGUGACGGCUGCACUCCAUUACAGGUUGCUGCUCAAGAAGGUCAUCUUCAUACAUGUGAAUAUCUGAUUUGUCAAGGAGCUGAGGUGAAUAGGGUUGAUGAUAAUGGUUACGGUUCAAUACAUGGUUCUGCUAAUAAUGGUCAUGUUGAGGUCACCAAAUAUCUGAUCAGUCAAGGAGCUGAGGUCAAUAUGGGAGAUAUUGAGGGCUUGACUCCUUUACACGUUGCUGCUCAAGAAGGUCAUCUGGAUACAUGUGAAUAUCUGAUCAGUCAUGGAGCUGAGGUGAAUAAAGGAAGGAAUGAUGGUGGGACUGCAUUACACAGUGCUGCUCAGAAUGGUCAUCUUGAUGUAACCAAACAUUUGAUCAGUAAAGGAGCUGAAGUCAAUAAAGGAGAUGGUGAUGGUUUGAAUCCUUUGCACUAUGCUGCUCAGGAGAGUCAUCUUGGUACAUGUGAUUAUCUGCUCAGUCAAGGAGCUGAGGUGAAAAACGGAAAUGAUGGUGGCUGGAAUAUAAUAAAUGCUGCUUCCGUUGGUCAUACGUUCAUUGUCAAAUAUCUUAUCAGUCAAGGAGCAGACGUCAAUGAGGAAGAUUCAGAGGGCUGUACUCCGUUACACUAUGCUGCUAAAGGAGCUCAUCUUGGCACCUGCGAUUAUCUGCUCAGCCAAGGAGCUGAGGUAAAAAAAGGAAAUAGUGACGGCUGGACUCUGUUUAGUGCUUCUGCCAACGGUAAUACAUUCAUUGCCAAAUAUCUGAUCAGUCAAGGUGCUGAGGUUAAUAAGGGAGAUAGUGCCGGCCGCACUCCACUACAAGUUGCUGCUCAAGAAGGUCAUCUUGACAUGUGCAAUUAUCUGAUCAGUAAAGGAUCUGAGGUUGGCGAGGGAGAUGGCGAUGGUUGGACCCUCUGUAAUGCUGCUCUAAACGGUCACCAAUUCAUCACCAAAUAUUUGAUCAGACAAGGUGCUAAGGUGAAUGAUAGAUAUAGUAUUGGUCGAACUGCUUUACACAUUGCUGCUCAGAAUGACCAUCUUGAAGUCACCAAGUGUCUCAUAAGGUAUGAGGCAGAUGUCAAUACGACCGAUAAUCAGGGAUGGACCCCCUUACACGUUGCUGCUGAAGGCGGCCAUUUUGAUAUAUGCGAGUAUUUGAUUGGUCAAGGAGCUGAGGUUAAUAAUAUUGAUAAUAAAGGUUACACUGCAUUGCACUUUGCUGUUGAAAGUAGCAAUUUCAAUAUCACCAAGCAAUUGCUUCGUCAAGGAGCUAAGGUUAACAAAGAAAAUAACCAGGGUGAUACACCAUUACACAUUUCCGUUAAAAAAGGUUUCUUCGAGCUUGUUCAAGUUCUACUUUCAGGAGGAGCAUGUUUUUCUGAUGACAAGGACGACCAGACGCCAUUACACCAUGCAUUGACUCUUGGGUUCAAAGAUAUCACCGAUCUACUCAUUGCUGAUUGGAAUUCAAAGAACAAUCUACCGAUUCUUCACGUUGCUGUCCUCCGCGGUGAUGCAUCCCUAGUAGAGAAAUUAAUCUCUUAUGGAUGUGAUCUGAACACUCAAUCAACUGAUGGUCAGACGUGUCUUCAUAAAGCCAUUAAGUUAUGCUACAUGAAUGAGAGAACUGUGAAGGAAACUGAAAUAUUAAAAAAGAUAUCCAAUGAAUACUACAAUGGUGCGUUAUCUCCAGAGAAGGGACUGGUGUUCUAUCUUCUUGACAAUGGAGCUAGUUUAGAUAUAAAGGACGAUGCAGGCAAUCUCCCAAUCGACUAUGCAAAGGAUCAUGUGAUCAAUCAGAUGAUCUUGCUGAGGUUACCUAUAGAGGAUAUUGUAUAUUCAAAAGAUGCACCACCAAGUACUAGUAAUCUUUCCCUUGAAGCCAAGCCAUCUAAGAACCAAAACGUUGAAUUAGAAGACCAUGACGUGUCAAUCGUUAUCCCUCCUGGCGCUGUUCUUAAUGAUGACAAGGGUGAGAUCACCCUUUUCAUCUUACGAGAGCUCCCCGGUAUCGACCUCCAAGAAGAUGAAUCAGUGGCAUGUUACGGGAUCAGAUGUGAUCCUCCAAACUUCAUGUUCCUCAAACCUGUUAAGAUCAGGAUACCACACUCUUCAGUGGUCAUUAAUCCAGAUCUAGUGAAGCCAGACAUCGUUUCUCGGGUAUGGGACUCGGCCAAGAAUAUACCAAGAACCUCAAGACAGAGAACAUCCAACGCAUCGGACAAGCCACCAUACUGCAGAGUGUAUGAAAGGCAUCUAGAGCUCUACAUCACCCACUGUGCUGACUGGUGGGUUCUUAUCCCUCUUGAACAACAGGUGAUCCGACAGAAACUGAUGUGCACUCCAUACAUCCCAGAUAAGAUAAAUAUGGGUGAUGAAUUCGCGGUCAAUCUCCAGAUGUAUAACGGCCUUCCUGGGACCGAAUCAGUCCUCUCUGUGAGGGAUCUUCAAACCAAGAUGAAACAGUGUGUUACACUAUACGUACCUCCAUGUGCAGAUGAUGUUGACUUUACAGUGAUUACAAUAACAAUUGCACAGUCUGGAAAGCACGGGAUAUCAGGAUCUAUUGCUUUUGUCCCAAGAUACAAAGAUGGACAAGAGUGGCCACCUCUAUCUGAACACAUAGACUUCAAACGGUAA